CUCAUAAAUUCCCCUGUGCCAUCACCUACAUGCAGAGAGGUGCCAAGCCGGUCCCCGACGAUGCAGCUGCUCAUCCUGUCCAUCCUCUGCCUGCUGGGCUUCUACUGCCCCUUGGGUAUGGCAUCACGGGAGUAUGAGUCCAUCCUCACCGUGCCCAAUGGAGGCCCCUGGGGCUCUUGGGGGAACCCACAGUUUUGCCCCAGUGGCUACGCUAAGGGAUUUGAAGUGAAGGUGCAGCCCUACCAGGGAUUAUGGCUAUUUAGAGAUGACACAGCUCUGAACGGCAUCCGCCUGCUCUGCACCGAUGGCACAGUCAUAGAGUCCUCUGUCGGGCCGUGGGGAAAUUGGACCAACGCCCAGGUCUGCCGCAGCAACAAGCUGGUUUCCUUCUCACUGCAUGUGGAAGGGAGGCAGUACCUGGGUGAUGACACGGCUGCCAACGAUGUGAGGUUCACCUGCUCAGAUGGGACACAGCUGGAAGGCCACGGACUUUCAUGGGGUCACUUUGGCCCAUGGAGCAGUAGGUGCAGCUCCGGGGCCAUCUGUGGGCUCCAGACAAAGGUGGAAGCAUGCCAGGGAAUUCUGGAUGACACAGCUCUCAAUGACAUAAGAAUCUUCUGCUGUGAAUAAGUCAAAUCCCCCACCCCAUGACAGUAUGUACCAAGUGAUCUGCCAUUAAACCUUGAAUCUGUCCUGCACAA